GCUAAGAUCUAUUAGUAAUUAGAAUGAUUGUUCCAUAUUUUGUUUCACUUUCCGAACUAUACAAAAUUUUACACACGCCUAUCUAAUAUCUAGUGAAGUGAUGAUGAUACCCCCGUAAGAUGUAAACAGCGUUGCCCACGCUUUUGCUGGGAGAUUUAAUAUCUUGCCUUGCCGUAACCCGCUGGCGGUUUUCGUAGCGCUGGCAUCCCUUCCAUCGCCCCUGCUCCCCUGAUGGCUGGAAUAAAUCUGCAAACUGGUGAUCACUCGGAUAGAUUUCUGCCCGAGACAGCACUGGUCCCCGCUGCUCUGGCUGGAGGAUCAUCGAACCCUCCUAAAUUUGGUACCCUUAUUCCGAAUCGCAUUUUUGUUGGUGGCAUACCUUCGAACACUACGGAGCAGGAGUUGAAAAGUUUCUUCUCUAGUUUCGGUCAAGUGAAAGAUGUAAAGAUAAUAAGUGACCGACUCGGUGUUUCUAAAGGGAGCUACGGAUUUGUUACGUUUGAGAGCCAAGAAAUGGCAGAAAAAAUAAUUAAGAAUGAGUCCGAAACGCUGAUUUUUAAAGACCGGAAGCUCAAUAUCGGACAUGCCAUCAGGAAGCAGCAAAUAUUUCCGAGGCCAGAUUUACCAACAACUUUGUUCUUCGCUGGUGGUGCAAUGCCCUAUGGCUUUCAGAAUGGAAUGGCUGUUUUUUCUUUGCCUAGCCAGGACUAUCAAAUGCUUGCCCAAACGGCCACACCGUACGCCACAAUGAUGCUACCGCAGCCCAGUGGAGCGGCUCUUUACCUCCCGUCGUCUCUACACUCUGCUACGUCGGCAGGCACAUCCCCAUAUGCCCACCUGUCGCAUCACCAAGUAGCCGCAGCAGCCCUUCAGCAACAGCAACAGUACCAAUCUGCAAGUGUUGCCAGUGGGAUCACCCCCGUUGCCGCAGCUACGGGUGGUGGUGGGGGUCACCUACCCUCUGUCGCCGUCAAUGGAGGAAACCUAGGUGUGCAGUCCAAUUCCACUGCUGCUGUAAUGGCGGCUGCGGCCGCAGCCAUGGCGGCAGCCGUACAAUGGCCACAAACGGUAGCCAAUAACAGCCCGAGUCAUCCACAGCUUACCAGUUCCACCUCUAACGCGAUGACCCAGACAGUUGGUGGACCACAGACCGUCGUUCCGAAUGCCUCUUUGACUCCACAGCAAGCAGCGGCUAUGGCCGCUGCGGUCGCUGCCCAGCAGACCACUUGGCGCUGGUCUCCUACGGCGCAACAGCCGGCACAAACUUCUGCGCACGCGACAAGCUGUUCAGCUCACGGAUCAACUUCUGGAGUCAUUACGUCUACGUCGUCAGUUCCAGUGGCAAGCACCACGUCCACACCUACCACCACCAAUCAAGUCCUGCACCACCAUCAACAGGUAAGCGAUCCCAACUUAUUUCCAUUGCAACCGGCUCUGACAACUUUUCCGGCUACCAUCCGACUGACUCAGCCGUCUGUGCUAGCAGCACUGGCUGCUUCAGCUCUUCAACAAACCGGGUUGAACAUGCUUGGUCCUGGCUGUAAUGGUCUAAUCGAAGCUUCCACAGCGGCUGCUCUAGCUGCUCUUGCCUCAACUUCUAUGAAUCACCUCAAUCUCAUAAGCCCCGAGUUUUUGUGUAGCCCUGAUUUCCCGAUUUGUCAUGAGAACCUAAAGGAAACGAACUGCCUAUCUAACAAUGGUGUUGGAUCGUCGGAUACUCCCACCCAGCCUAGCAAAAAGCCAAAGUACGAUGAUGAUUCUCCCCUCAAACCUGAUGUUGAUUCUACCCUGAAUUUGUAGACAUUCUGUGACGAGUAACCCUUGCGAACUCCAGCACCUAUCCGCGCUUCACUCUUGGUUGUAUCUGAUGUUUACUUUGUAUAUUUCUGUACUAGCUGUCUGUUGUUGAGUAAAAUGUGUUCUUGAUCAAGCUGCAUUUUUCCUCACUAAUCUCUGCGCUUUGUCUCAUUUGCAUGCUUAUUUCACUUGGGGUGUGCGUGUCAGUGCUCACCAACUGCAGCUCUCGGUCCGGCUACCUACUUGUACAGCCCUCUUGCUGGGACCGGACACGAACUCAUGUUUUUCCAGCAAACCAGCUCGCCCUAUGCAACCAACUCGACUAGUGAUUACAGUACAGAUCACAGCACACACUCUUCUGGUUUGCUGGAGUCUGAGCCCGUCCCUUUUCCUUGUGAUGGAACACCGCUCGGUCGUCAUUCACAACAACUUGGUCAGUUAGCUAACCACCAACUGGAUGCUGCCUGCUUGUCUCCAUAUGCUGCCUUUGCUCCUCUCUUGGAAUUGCAGCACCACAACUCCGCUUCAGGUCAGCAUAAUGCACUGAUGCAUCCGGCAUUGCAGCCUCAAUUUAGGCAGACUCAGCAACAAUCGUCGACAGCUGUGUUGGCUACUCCCCAAGCGGCUUCCAGUCAACAUUUGAUACCCAUAGCCCACGCAGGAGCGUCGUUGGUGCCUCCAGCACAGCAACAUACAAAGCUGUUUACCUCACUUUUGUCUUCGGCUGGGAUGAACACUUGCCAGCUGGCCUCGGGUCAUUACGCAAGUCGUCAAGUCAAGCUGAGCGCCUUCUCCGAGAUGGUCUCUCAGAACGACAUACAGAAUCCUCAGAUGUCGCAGACGUCAGUAUUACAAACCGCUGGUCCAUCGUCCAAUACAGUGGUCUCUCAAAAUUCUACCGGUUCUCCAACGACAAGCGUGCCUAUCGCAGCUGUUGCGGGAAUAACCGGAGAAACAGCGGUGGGCGUAGGAGCGAGUCAUCGUUAAAGAUGGAGAUGCUUUUUGUAUUCCGACUUUUGCAACUUAUGAAAGUCAUUUUAAGCUUCAUUUUCCUCACUGUAUCCUCAUGUCAUUCUCUUUCAAUGCUCUUCUAUUCUACUGAUGGCUUUUCUCAUAGGAAACGUUUUGUACAACAAAAUGUAACUGUUGACUUUUUUCAUGGUAAUCUAACAUUAUUGACUUACUGUGGCUCAUGUCUUGUUGCAAUCCAAGAAUAUGAUGACCGCAAUUGCUUCACAAUGCAACUGCGCGAGAAUCGCGCUAGCCAACCCCUUUGAAUCAACACAUGUAUGACCAAUUUUAGGCGUGAUGCGUUUGCUUCAUUUCCUUGUAAACCCCUCGGUUUCAUUUUGCGCUACUUUCUUCACAUCAUUUUGUCUUAUAUCCAUGUCGUUUUAGAGCACUUGUCUUGCAGGGCCGAUUCAUCCCUCAUCAUUUUGACCCGAUGUACCUGGUGAUCCGUUUUCGCAUCGCUUUGUACUACUUGGCUUUUGGGCGCCCAUUCCAUUGCGCCACGUGCUUUUGCCUUAGCAACACUGCGAUGAGCGUUCUACGAGUAGUAGCUAACUUGCGUUGUUCCGUUUCGUUAGAUUGCGUUGAUCGCGUUGUUUGUACUCCUGUAUAACAAUUUUCCACAAGAUAUGCUUGAAACUAAUAUC